GUUUCCCGACUCACUUUGAAGAAACCUUUUAGAAGUAGUUAUUACCACUUGCGAGCCACGCUCCUCUACUUACAAGUCAGUGAGCGUGCAGACCAGCUACUACCGUCACCAGAAGAGCAGAGACCAUCCCAGGGAAAGAUGCUAGCUCAGAUCAUAAGCGGUAAAGAGGUUUCAGCGCAGGUGAGGGAGCGUCUGAAGAAGGAUGUCGAGCAGUUGAAACUUAAGAAUCCCAACUUCAGGCCUGGUCUAGUGGUUUUACAGGUUGGAGACCGCGAUGAUUCAAAUCUGUACAUCAGCAUGAAGCUCAAAGCAGCAGCAGAGAUUGGAAUAAAUGCAAUGCAUUUGAGACUUCCCGCGACCGCAACAGAGGAGGAGAUUCUUCACAGUAUCACAGAGGUGAACAAGAACUCUUCUGUCCACGGUCUCAUCGUUCAGCUGCCUUUAGAUUCAGUCCAUGAAAUCGACACAGAGAAGGUCACGAACUCCGUGGCCCCAGAGAAGGACGUAGAUGGACUGACCAGCAUAAAUGCGGGGAAGCUGUCCCGUGGGGAUCUGGGCAACUGCCUCAUCCCCUGCACGCCAAAUGGCUGCAUGGAGUUAAUCAAACAGACGGGCGUUUCUGUGGCAGGGAAGAGAGCGGUCGUGAUUGGGCGCAGUAAGAUUGUGGGCGCACCCAUGCAUGAUUUGCUGCUGUGGAAUCACGCCACCGUCACCACCUGCCACUCUAAAACCGUCGAUCUUGCCGCAGAGGUGGGUAGAGCAGACAUCCUGGUUGUUGGUAUUGGAAAAGCAGAGAUGGUAAAAGGAGAGUGGAUCAAGAAAGGAGCAGUGGUCAUUGACUGUGGCAUCAACCACGUUAUAGAUGAGACUAAAUCCAGCGGAAAGCGUGUUGUGGGCGACGUCCAUUUUCAAUCAGCCAAAGAACAGGCCGGCUUCAUCACCCCUGUGCCUGGUGGAGUGGGACCUAUGACUGUGGCCAUGCUGAUGGCGAACACCGUGCUGAGUGCAAAGCGCUUCCUGGAGAGCCAUCAGGCAGGAAAGUGGAACAUUUCUUACACCAGACUCAAUCUCCGAAAGCCAGUGCCAAGUGACAUAGUGAUUUCUCGCUCCUGCGCAGCCAAGUCCAUUGACAGUCUGGCCAGAGAAGUGGGAUUGUUUUCUGAUGAAGUAGAGCUCUAUGGCAAGACUAAGGCAAAGGUCCAGCUGACUAUCAUCAAGCGCCUUCAGUCCCUGCCAGAUGGAAAAUAUGUAGUGGUCACUGGCAUUACUCCCACGCCUCUGGGUGAAGGUAAGAGCACCACAACCAUCGGUCUGGCACAAGCCAUGGGUGCUCACAUGAAGCUCAAUGUGUUUGCUUGUGUCCGACAGCCUUCUCAGGGACCCACAUUCGGCAUUAAAGGCGGUGCUGCAGGAGGUGGAUAUUCUCAAGUUAUUCCAAUGGAAGAGUUUAAUCUCCAUCUCACCGGUGACAUUCAUGCCAUCACAGCUGCCAAUAACUUGGUGGCUGCUGCUGUCGAUGCCCGCAUAUUCCAUGAAGCAACACAGUCUGAUAAGGCUCUGUAUAACCGUUUGGUGCCACUCAGUGGAGGAGAGAGGACGUUCUCCCCGAUCCAGAUCAACAGACUCAAAAAACUGGGAAUACAGAAGACUGAGCCCUCUGCUCUCACUGAGGAGGAGAUCAACCGCUUUGCCCGCCUGGACAUCGACCCAAGCUCUGUUACCUGGCAGAGAGUGCUGGAUACCAAUGAUCGAUUCCUGAGGAAGAUCACUAUCGGCCAGUCGCCCACUGAAAAGGGAUACACAAGAGAGGCCCAGUUUGACAUCACUGUGGCCAGCGAAAUCAUGGCGGUGCUCGCCCUCACCAGCAGCCUGGAGGAUAUGCGGCAGCGCCUGGCUAAGAUGGUCGUAGCCACCAGUCGGAGGGGAGAUCCCAUCACCACCGAGGAUCUGGGCGUGAGUGGCGCUCUGACUGUGCUGAUGAAAGAUGCCAUCAAGCCAAACCUGAUGCAGACGUUGGAGGGGACUCCUGUGUUUGUUCAUGCUGGCCCCUUUGCCAACAUUGCCCACGGAAACUCAUCAAUCCUGGCUGAUAAAAUUGCUUUGAAGCUGGUUGGACCUGAGGGCUUUGUAGUGACAGAAGCUGGCUUUGGUGCUGACAUCGGCAUGGAGAAGUUCUUCAACAUCAAGUGCCGCUACUCGGGCCUGAGGCCUCAUGUUGUGGUGUUGGUGGCGACCAUCCGAGCUCUAAAGAUGCAUGGAGGAGGACCAACAGUCACUGCUGGGAUGCCACUGCCUAAGGAAUAUGUGGAAGAGAACUUUAAUCUGCUGGAGAAGGGCUGCAACAACAUGAGGAAGCAGAUCGAAAAUGCAAAGCACUUUGGUGUGCCUGUGGUGGUAGCAGUGAAUGCUUUCAAGACAGACACGGAGGCUGAGCUGGACUUGGUGUGCACCUUGGCUAAAUCUGCAGGAGCAUUUGAUGCUGUGCGAUGCUCUCACUGGGCCGAGGGUGGCGCUGGUGCUGUGGCACUUGGCGAGGCCGUCCAGAAGGCCUCUAGCGCCCCCAGCAACUUCAAGUUCCUGUAUGAUUUGGACCUUCCUAUUGCUGAUAAGAUUCGAAUAAUUGCUCAGAAGAUCUAUGGAGCAGAUGAUAUUGAGCUUCUGCCUGAGGCCCAACACAAGGUGGCGCUCUACACCAAGCAGGGAUUCGCGAAUCUUCCAGUUUGCAUGGCAAAGACCCACCUGUCACUGUCACAUGAAGCAGAAAAGAAAGGUGUGCCCAAAGGAUUCAUCCUGCCAAUCAGAGACAUCAGAGCCAGUGUGGGCGCUGGCUUUCUGUUCCCGUUGGUUGGCACAAUGCCCACCAUCCCUGGCCUCCCCACUCGGCCUUGUUUCUAUGACAUCGACCUGGACCCCGAGACCGAACAGGUCAAUGGACUCUUCUGAGAGAAAAAAAAACAGGUCCUCACACCCUUUGAUGGUACGAAACAUAGUUAAGACAUAAAGCCAUGCAGCAGAGUGCAUCAUCAGCAGAUCAUAACUGUUUCAUUCUUAAUGUGUAGACAUUAACCCAUCAGUCCUCUGAGCGCCAAAGAAAUGUGAAGAAGAACCAACUGGAAGCACCUCAAACUCGUCUGCUGUUUUUGUUGUUUCUCAUAUUAACACUGAUGUCUGUAAAGCUGCUGAUGAUAGAUCAGGACAGUCUUUCUCCCUGCUAUCAGGCACGUGUUGUUCCGUUAUAUUGCUGACUGAACAUGCACAUUUCACAUCUCAGAUUGCCCAGACUGUAUUUACUAACUACUUGUGUAUAUUUUGUGAGCACCACACCAGAGGCAUUUCCUUCAGUUCAGUCUUUAACAAGCUGUGCCCUUCGGAUAAAGGUUUUAUUACAUAAGUAAGUCUUAAUAAGAAAUGCUGCCCUAAAACAAAAUUAUAAUUUGUUUAAUCCCAUCUAAUUGCAUUUAUAAAGUCUCCUUUCUCUGUCUUUGUUUUAAUUAACACUCGGUAACAUUUUUUGAAAAGUCGCCAUCAUUGCUGUGAAGCUCACUGGCCAUGUCAUUGUAAAAGCAGUGAUUUCCUCAUAUCUGUGAAAU